AAAAAGCAAUGAUAAUGUCUCGUUGACGGCAUUUUUUAGAAGGAGGUAAAAUAUUGCGUAUUUGAAGGUUUUUUUCGCUAAGUGCGCACCAUUUUUUACUGAGUGUAAAACCUUUAGGUAGUUAGAAAUACCUACGCGCGCAACUUUUUCCGCGCGUUGCGAUUUCAAACGGUGCGAAUGAAUUUCAAAAUUGGCGCGUAAAGCUUUUUCCAUGAUUGGCCAGGUCCAUUUAUCACGUGAUUUUUUGGCGCGAUUGGCGUGACCUUGGUAAAAAUAUGUAAACAAGAAGCACUUGAUUUCUUGGUAAAGUCUGAUUGAUUACAUCUAGAUUUCACGACAACCGAUUCCUGAGCGAUUCUUUAAUAAAUUCUGAACAUUUUAAUACAAGUGAUCUGAUUAGAAAUCGACAGUUUUUGAUUCGCACAGGAGUAAACCUGCGUUUCGCGGCGUGGAACUGGCGUGAGUGAAUUUGGAUCUGCUGAUUCUUCAGAACAUGUGCUUCUGCUUCGUCGUCUUUUGGUAAUACUUCAUUUUUAACUCCUUUCCUGGAUAAGAGGAGACCGAGUCCGGGUUAUAUCAGUGGCGCUGUUCGUGAGAGAAGAGGAUAAGCUGCAUCUUGAACUUGACAUCUUCAUAGAAUGCAAACGACAUGACAAGCAAGAUAGCUCCUCCUAAAACCACUUCAAAGGGUCUCGAAGUCCCUGAAGCGUGUGAGCAAGAGAUCAGUAUCAAGGGCACAAGUGAGACCACGUAUUGCCGAUCUCCUGAUCGUCAAUCGCAGCUUGGAGAAACUCGAGCUGGACUGUUAUCUGAUGAGCACGCUACAGCAGUACAAUAUCGAUCUUUUCAUGGGUCUGUUCCUCAAAUUAAAGAAGAGGAGGAUUGCAAAACUGAAGAUCCGUCCCAUUUGUUACACACUAGUGUUGAAAUCAAAAACGAAAUAACUUUCGAGUCCGAAAGUGUACCAGAAACUUGUGACUGUAAAGAUGAUCUAUUCGAUCAUGUCGGCAGCGUUCCAGAUCGUUGCUUCACGCCUCCUUUCGAUUUUGAAAAAAUUGGGAGCUUUAGAGUAAAAGACGAAUUAAGCAGCAACUUUGAGCCAUUAUUUGAUCUGGAAUCCAUUAAAACACGUAACGUCUCCGUGAAAAUCGUAGACUUGUUUCCUAGCAACAUCCGUAAACUUGGAAAAGCCCACACAAACAGUCUCUCUUGUGCUUGUAAAUACUGCAGCAAGGUUUGUGAUAAUAUUCUCUCUGACGGACGCACUCUGAAAAGUUUUAAGACAAAAUAUGCUUUAAAAAAUCAUAGGAUUGUGCACAGCAGUGAAAAACUGUUCAGUUGCAAUGAUUGUAGUAAGAGUUUUAAGACAAAAUCUUCUUUAAAUAAUCACAUGAUUGUGCACAGCAAUGAAAAACAGUUCAGUUGCAAUGAUUGUAGUAAGAGUUUUAUGAGGAAAUCCGAUUUAAAAAAACACAUGAUAGUGCACAGCAAUGAAAAACUGUUCAGUUGCAAUGAUUGUAGUAAGAGUUUUAAGACAAAAUUGUCUUUAAAAAGUCACAUGAUUAUGCACAGCAGUGAAAAACUGUUCAGUUGCAAUGAUUGUAGUAAGAGUUUUAUGAGGAAAUCCGAUUUAAAAAAACACAUGAUAGUGCACAGCAAUGAAAAACUGUUCAGUUGCAAUGAUUGUAGUAAGAGUUUUAAGAUAAAAUUGUCUUUAAAAAAUCACAUGAUUGUGCACAGCAAUGAAAAACAGUUCAGUUGCAAUGAUUGUAGUAAGAGUUUUCUGAGGAAAUCCGAUUUAAAAAAACACAUGAUAGUGCACAGCAAUGAAAAACUGUUCAGUUGCAAUGAUUGUAGUAAGAGUUUUAAGACAAAAUUGUCUAUAAAAAGUCACAUGAUUAUGCACAGCAGUGAAAAACUGUAUAGUUGCAUUGAUUGUAGUAAGAGUUUUCAGAAAAAAUCUCAUCUAACAAGGCACAUGAUUGUGCACAGCAAUGAAAAACUGUUCAGUUGCAAUGAUUGUAGUAAGAGUUUUAAGACAAAAUUUUCUUUAAAUAAUCACAUGAUUGUGCACAGCAAUGAAAAAAUGUUCAGUUGCAAUGAUUGUUGUAAAAGUUUUAAGAUAAAAUCCGCUUUAAGAAAACACAUGAUAGUGCACAGCAGUGAAAAACAGUUCAGUUGCAAUGAUUGUAGUACGAGUUUUAUGAGGAAAUCCGAUUUAAAACAACACAUGAUAGUGCACAGCAAUGAAAAACUGUUCAGUUGCAAUGAUUGUAGUAAGAGUUUUAAGACAAAAUUUUCUUUAAAUAAUCACAUGAUUGUGCACAGCAAUGAAAAACUGUUCAGUUGCAAUGAUUGUAGUAAGAGUUUUAAGAGAAAAUGUACUUUAAAAAAUCACAUGAUUGUGCACAGCAAUGGAAAACUGUUCAGUUGCAAUGACUGUUCAAAGAGUUUUAGGAGAAAAUCUCAUCUAACAACGCACAUGAUUGUACACAGCAAUGAAAAACUGUUCAGUUGCAAUGAUUUUAUGAAGGGUUUUAAGACAAGAAGUAUAUUAAAAAACCACAUGACUGAAUAGUGGAGACAAACGAUUCAGUUGUAAUGAUUGUAAUACGUGGUUUAAUCCGAGGAAAUAUGUAACAGUAACAGAGGAAAUCGGAAAAUAAAGUGCCCUAAUUUUGUUUGUUUAGUCUUUUUUUCAUUGCUCUAAAUAGCAAUCCCGUAACAACGAAGAAAUCUUGAAGGCUGCAAGUGAUAAAUUCUAAACCUGUUAAAUAUAGCCUUCAAUGUGCUAAACAAAUGUGACUUAAUGUUUUUUACCUGAGCGCAAAGCGUAAUACCUAUAAAUGAACAAUACCUAAUCAUAUUAAUUCAUAUGGAUGAUUUUUAGAUUCAUAUACUAUCCUGACCAUUAUGACUGCCUCAAAAACUUGCAGAUAUCCGAUUGAUUUGACUUAGCCUCCUCUAAUUUUGCUUUUUUUCACAUGAUACAGAAUACUAAUGCUGCAACAAUUCCAUUCCAUUUUUGUCAAAAAUUUAGCAUGCACCUAAAUUCAUGUUUUUCCAGUAAAUUUUAAUUUUAGCAGUAUAA